AUGAAGGCCGCUUUCUUCGCCCUCGCUGCUGCUGGCCUCGUUGCUGGCCAGAACCUCAGCGGCGUUCCCGAGUGUGCUGUUAAAUGCAUCACCGACGGCAUCAAGGAGACGAACUGCGAUCCCACCGACUCCGGCUGCCUGUGCUCCGCCGAGACCCAAUCCAAGCUCGCCGCGGCCGCCGGUCCAUGCCUGCAAAAGGCCUGCUCGAGCAGCGACCUCCUCAAGGCCCUGGACGCUGCCGGUGCUCUCUGCGUCGCCUACUCUGCCACUGCUGGCAGCGGUACUGCGGUAGCUACCGCUAGCUCGACCGCUUCGGAGACCGGCACGACGACCAAGGAGACUACCAAGGAGACCACCGCCGCUGCCUUGACCUCCAGCUCCGCGCUGACUCCCACCAAGAACGCUACCAAGAGCAGCGAGGCCACCAAGACUGAGAGCGGUAGCUCCUCCGAGACCACCGGAUCUGGCUCCAGCUCCGGCUCCGGAUCUGGCGGCUCCUCCACCACCGGGUCGGCUUCCCCCAGCCAGACCAACGCUGCCGCCAUUGCUGGCCCUGCCGUUGGCGCCCUGCUCGCCGUCUUCGCCGCCGCCCUUGCUCUGCUGAUUGAGACGGGGGAUUUUGUCUCGUCAACUAGGACUUAA